AUGCCUGUCCCUUGGGAAGCUUUGUUACCUUUUGGUCUGGUCACCGUCAUGUUCGGUGCGGCGGGGACUCUCUUCAACGUAUCCACCCGGGCUCAGAAUCUCGGAAAGCCUGGACGAUACGGCGUUGACAAAUGGGAGGACAUGAUGAUGAGGAGGGACGAACGACUUACCGGGCACAGGCGCGGUCAGACGUCGGACCCGACACCGCCUCCAGGCUACGAGAUUUCUAGCGUAUGGGAGACGGAGCGAGUCGCAUAA